UGACAGGAAACGUUUGUCGCCGCUCGUUUUUCUUCAUUUCGUGGUGUUGGCUGUUUUAUUUAAGCAGCUGUCGAUGUAUGAAACGAAUCUAAGAAAAAAAAAAAAGACAUUUGAAUCGUCCGUUUCUCCCUUUUUUCCCCACACAGCCUAAUUAAGUUACCAAGCUUGAAAAUUAGCCUGUUUUAAAAGAGAACAUUUUUUAAAGUGUAAAGCUCGAGAUGGCCUCUGAAGGUUUGGGGCUCACCGAAGCUCUGGAUCAAGACAUCAGUCAAGAGGAGCUGGACUUUUCAGACCUGUUUCUCUAUAAUGCACCUGGAGAGGAUUUUCCUGUCGGAUGUCAGAAAGAUGACUCAGGUGCUCUCCUUCGCAACGACCAGCACCCUCCUCUGCUGGUGGUCGACACUCACCCAGGUUACAUCUCCACCUCCAACCAGCCAGCCUCCAGUCAGGACCCCUCCUCUCACAGCUCCACCACAGAACACCUGUCAGGGGCAUUGCUGGACUCUCUGGGGCUGACGUCAAGACUGGGGAUCAUUCCUGCUCCCAGCCCCAGGAUUGAGAUCACUCCAUCGGGAGACUCCUUCAGCUCUCAAACCUUGGAGCCGAGCCCCGGCACCAUCGCCACGGGGCUGUACAGGGAUUGUGUGAGCCCUGCCAGCAGCAACUCCUCCACAGGUUGGCCGGCAGAGGCGUACUCUCCUUUGGUUUCACCCAGCGUCUCUCCUUCAAUUGGAGGCAACUGUAGCAUGACAUUAUCCGCCUUAGACCUCUGCCCCGGCCUCCAAGGCAUCAACACGUCCUCUGCCCAUUCCUCUCCAGGCGCUUCGCCUCAUAACAGCAUCACUGACGAGACCUAUCUUCUACCUCAGCACCAACGCACCGCCUCACCGCUCCCCCACCAGCGCUCCCGCUCUGUGUCCCCACAUGGUAAACGCUCCUAUGACCCAGCCAGGCCCUGUCAUGGGGGCACUCCUGUUAAGCAGCGCUCUCGGAGCCCCAGCCCCAUCCCGUCGCCCCACGAUCAACAGGGGUCCUACUACCUCCCCCAAUACCAGGCCCAGGCCGAGUUCCAGCCCCAAGCUCAGACCCUUACCCCAGGCCUGGAGGAGAUGCUGAGCAGCCUCAGCUCCAGUCUACCCAGAGUGAUGACCUCUGGGGAGGUGCGAGAUGCACACAGACAAGUCCAGAGAAAGGACUGUGUGUAUGGAGAGGAGUUUGACUGGGCCUUGAGGCAGGAGAGGAUGAGCAGGGCAGGAGCUCCAGAAGUCAAGUCUGAACCCUUCUUUGUGAUCCCGUCUGUGUGGCCCACUCCCCAUCAAGUGCACCACGGAGCAUUCAGUGGUCUCUCCAUGACUCCACUUCCAUCUUUAGAGUGGCCAUUGGUCAGUCAGUCAGCUCAGUAUGAGCUUCUCAUCCGGCAACAUCCCAAGUCUUACCACAGAGCUCACUAUGAGACCGAAGGCAGCCGUGGAGCUGUGAAGACACCCAACGGAGGACAUCCAGAAAUACAGCUCCGUGGAUACCAAGGCACAGCUCCACUGGGGCUGCAGGUCUUCAUAGGGACAGCCGAUGAGAGGCUCCUUAAACCGCAUGCCUUCUACCAGGUCCACCGCAUCACAGGGAAGACAGUCACCACACCCAGCAGGGAGAGGAUGGACAACGGCAUCAAAGUGUUGGAGAUCCCCCUAGAGCCAAAGAACCACAUGAGAGUGACGAUUGACUGUGUAGGAAUCCUGAAGUUGAGAAAUGCCGACAUUGAACUGAGAAACGGUGAAACAGACAUUGGGCGCAAAAACACACGUGUGCGUUUGGUGUUCCGUGUCCACAUUCCCGAACCUGGAGGCCAGCUCGUCUCCCUUCAAGUCUCUUCUGAUCCCAUUGAAUGCUCCCAGCGCUCAGCUCAGGAGUGGCCUGCGGUGGAGAGGCAGGACCUGGAUCGAUGCUCUGUACUUGGUGGUCAACAAAUGGUCCUUACUGGACAGAAUUUUACAUCAGACUCCAGAGUGAUAUUCUCAGAGAAGACACAACAUGGAAAGCAAAUCUGGGAGGUAGAAGCCAAUGUAGACAGAGAAAAAACACAAGCUAACAUGCUAUUUGUUGAGGUCCCCCCGUAUCGAGAGCGGACCAUUUCCCAUCCAGCUAAAGUCAACUUCUACGUCGUCAACGGGAAGAAGAAAUGCAGUCAGCCUCAGCACUUCAUCUACACUCCUUUAAUAGCAAUUAAAGCAGAGCCACUCGACGACUUACAUUCAUACAUCUACUCAGACAAUCAGUCUCUCUCUGGCCUGUCAAUGAAGUCCCAUUAUCAUCCCCUGGAGCAGGAAAGAAACCUUCAAGCCUUGAAUGUUUCGCCAACCCUGUAUCAUCUAACCACUGUAGACCCCAGGGCCCAUGUACUAAUCCCUGACCCACUAGACAACCAACCGGUCUACUACCAGUCAAGAGCCAGCACUCUCCUCAACAUCCCAAUGGUGUACCAAACUGCAAACCAGCAGCACAUCAACUGUGGUUUCCAGAUGGAUUCCCACUCUGCCCCUGAGGAAAAACUGGAAGAAAAUCCUCUGGUUGUCGAGUCAUUAGAGGCCUGUUUGGUGUCAAGACAUGAAAGUACGGUGCAGAAAGUGUUAUCACUUGGGAAGUCACCACCUUCUAGAUUUGUCCAAGGUCAAAGUCAAGUGAGGGCUGGAAUCCAAGUGGAGCCUGAUGGCCAGACUUUGACCCAGAUCAGCUCCAAUAGAGGAAACCAUGACGACCAAGCCCCAGAGAGGGUUACCAUCAAACAAGAGAUCAAUCGCUAUGCUUACCUGGAGGAUGUGAAUGACAUCAUAAGAAGAGAUCUGAAGGGUCACAAUGGAGAUUGAUCCUGGAGAUCAAAUUCUGCACUGAUGUCCUCCAAAUAUACAUUCUUUAAUGAAAAAAAAAAGUUACGUAAGACUGUCCAGGUAAUCCAUGAAGUCAAUUUAGAGUUAUAUAGACUUUUUAUUUUCAUGAUGACAAUGUGCUUCUGUGCAAAUUCUGAGUAUGUUAGAAGAUGGGGCAAUAUCCACCUUCCAAACUCGCUCAAAAAUGUUACAUUUAAACCAAGUCAGCACUGUAAGCCUGUAAUAUUCCCAUACACUGUAGCCUAAGCAAACACCUUGUAUCUUUGUUUGACCAUUGCUCCUUGAGAACAUGUAUUUUAUAUUUUACAUUAAAGACAAACUGUUUAUAUUAA